AUGUACGAGGUCAGACUAUACUCUGCAAACAUUACCAACAUCGGGAAGAAACUCAGAAGUUACAAUACAUUGGAAGAGACGGCCAUAAAGGAUUGCCUCGAGCUUUUCGAUUACACCGCCGCGGAACUGAAACUGGUCCUUUCCGAUCUUGCACCGAAGAGAUUACCGGUCUCAAAGAACAAUAAACAUGACUUGCAGACGUUUCUGAGCGCGGCGAUGACGAACCAGUACACUUGUCUCGAUGGGUUCGCCCGUAGCGACGGGCAUGUUCGGAGCAUUAUCAAGAAGGGUCUCCACAACAUCUCUCAUCAUAUCAGCAACUCCCUUUCGAUUCUCAACAAGGUCCAUGGAGUCAACAAAUCGAAACCCGAGGCUUUCACUGAACACAGACGCCUGAAAAACGGGUUCCCAAUAUGGUUAUCAUGGAAAGAUAGAAAACUGUUACAAGCUCCGGUUACCGAAACCAAGUUCGAUCUCGUUGUUGCCAAGGACGGCACUGGUAACUUCACCAACAUCACCGCCGCUGUAGCUGCCGCUCCGUACAACAGUGACACACAAUAUUUGUGA